GGUUUAUGAGUAGAUAGCUUACUCAGUCACUCCCACUUCAAAACCAAGAAACAGCAAAAAAAGAGCGGGAGGGAGCAGCAGAGACUACACUCCCGCUCAUUCCCAACGCCUUUCGGCUCCGAAGAUGUCAAUUGGUGCCCGUGAACUUACUGUUCUUGGUGAGUUCAAGCCCUUUGGCUUGAUUGCCGAAGCUCUUGACGGCAGCCCCUCCGAUAAUUGUGCGGAGGAUUAUCGUUACUUCCUGUUCAGUCCAGAAUUGACCAAACAAAGAGAUGAAGCCGAUGAGCUCGAUUUGCCGUCGCCGUCUAGUGACCGUAGCGAUCAUGAGCUCUUCAUUAGAGGGAAUAGGAUAAUAUGGAGCAUAGGUUCGCGAGUCUAUAAGAGGUUCACAUCACCCUCCACAGUAAUAAAGGUAACUCUGCAAUCAUAA